AUGGGCCUUCAUAUUGCGCCGACGACAAGUGUCUUCCAGCAGGCAGCGCAAAUGGAACUUGUGAACAGAAGUCGGAGUGCAAUCCUGCUGGCUUUCCAGGAUGGGGCGAUACUAAUUGGGGUACGUUCCACAUACGCGGAGUCCGAGUAUUGUCCGCUGAACGUCUGCUGCAGCGAGUUUGGCUUCUGUGGCACCACUUCUGAGUUCUGUGGAAACACCACCGUUGCUGAGCCAGUAUGUGGCGGAAGCUCUACUACCAAGCGUACCAUUGGUUACUACGAGGGCUGGAAUCUAGAGAGAUCUUGUCAGACUAUGAAGCCGGAGUCUAUUCCUGUUGGUGGCUACACCCAUAUCAACUUUGCGUUUCUUUACAUCGACCCAAAACUGUAUACCAUCACACCCAUGAAAGCAGACCAACAGAAACUUUACUCUCAAGUUGUUGACUUGAAAAAGCGAAAGAAAGAUCUGAAGGUUUGGAUAUCGAUCGGUGGAUGGGAUUUCAACGAUCCAGGGUCCACGCUCAAUACAUUUUCAGAGCUAGCGGCAGAUGCUGCGAAGCAGGCGACAUUUUACAAAUCACUACUUUCCUUCAUGGACAGCUAUGGGUUUGAUGGCGUCGAUUUAGACUGGGAGUACCCGGUGGCAUCUGAGCGCGGAGGUCGAGAGGCAGACUUCAACAAUUUUGGCACAUUCUUGGCGAACAUGAGGCAAGCACUCGAUGGAGCCAAGAAAGAUUACGGCCUUUCCAUUACUCUUCCAAGCAGCUAUUGGUAUCUGCAACACUUUGACAUCGUUGAUCUCAGCAAAAAUGUCGAUUGGUUCAACAUGAUGACUUAUGACCUCCACGGAACCUGGGAUGCGGACAAUUCCUGGAUCGGCUCGGUUGUCAAUUCUCACACCAAUCUUACCGACAUAAAACUUGCUAUGGACCUCCUUUGGAGAAAUGACAUUGAUCCCGAGAAGGUUGUUAUGGGCUUAGGAUUCUAUGGCAGAAGCUGUCCAUUCUUGAGUGGUGGAAAUCCAGGACCGUGUACGAAAAAUGCAGGAACACUGUCCUUCAGCGAGAUUCGUUCUAUUCUUGAUGAUGACAACAAAAAGGCUGUAAAAACAUAUGAUACCGAGGCGGCUGUUCAGAUCGUGACUUUUGGUGAAAACCAGUGGGUUAGUUAUGACGAUUGGAAAUCAUUUGGAGCCAAGGUUGAAUAUGCCAACUCUCAUUGCAUCGGAGGAACAAUGGUAUGGGCGGUCAGCUUAGAUGCGGAUGGAGCCGCCACGAAUGGACUGACUGGGGCAACUGACCUCUUCCCUGGUGAUAAUGGCUCCCAAGGGGGAGAAGGCGAUGUCUACAUUGGACCUGAUUUGUGGACCAAUGAUACCGCUGAGGUAGCUUGCAACGCACCUUGUACACUGGUACUCCCUCCUUAUCCACUCGAAACUCCCGUCACGAUAACUUGGCCGGAUUAUCAAACUUCAGUUCUGUCUACUUCAGACGGAACAAUCCACACAAGGAGCACCAAGUUUGAGGUACCUAAAUUCACCAUCACUGAGGUGCCUUUUUGGCCGGAGACGAUAGCCAAUACAGCCCAAGUCACUGUUCAUUUCAGUCCCGUGCAGAGCAUUGCGCCACCGGCUCUCACCUUCAACCUGCCGUCAAAUGAAGCAACAUUCCCAUUGAAUACAGUUGAUUACACUGCAAGAAUGACUCCUACUCAAUCGAAUUCGAUGGUUACAUCGAGCCCCUCGGCAGUUUCAACACCUGCUGCGAUUCAAAGCGGAGUGGCAGACAACUGUGUGAACUUUUAUAAAGCUGCAGAUGGCGACGGGUGCUACGAUAUUGCCUCCACUCAUGGCAUAACAAGCGAUCAAUUUGUUGAAUGGAACCCAGCUGUUGGGUCAGACUGCUCUGGUCUUUGGAAAGACGAGUACUACUGUGUCGGUGUUGCUUCGACAGCUACAGCCAGUUCUUCAACAACCUCCAACGAUACAGUGAUCCCAAUCACUUACUCCAGCUCUCACCCAAUCACCAUCAUGCCUCAACCAACUGUGACAUCAAUUCGUCCCAAAAACACGCCCAUACCCCACAUAAAGUACCACAAGGGUGACCCACCUUCCAGCGGCGGCUGCAGUGCUGGCAAGGCUUUAUCCGGAUGUGGAACACAUAACUGCAAUCUCUUUGGUUGCUCAGGCAAAUGCGGAAUUUUCGGUUGUGAUGGCGGCUGUGGCAUUGGAUUUUGCGGUGGUGGAUGUGGAUUGUUCGGUUGCGGUCCAGGCUGUGGUGGUGGAAACUGCAUGAUUAAAGGAGGCGGAGGAGGAACUGGGGGUGGAGGUGAAGGGCCGGAAGACGACCAACAAUCGACAUCAUCGACAUCCUGCACCGAAACUGCAAGUAUGAGUACCACCACUGCUUGUGAUACAGCCUGCGCCGACGCAGCGGAUACAGCAUGCGCUACUAUCUGUGAUGCCGUGACAGUUGGCGGUUGCACGCCAACUGCAACAGCGGCUGUACAAAUCGAUGCACUCAUUGGGGAAUCCUGGGAUUGGAUCAAUGAUAGUGAGGAUGAGCAGAAUGCUCAAGCUAUGAGCUUUGCAUCUUUCAUUAACCCCAAGCUCAGCUCCGCAGAUCCAAUCAUGAUCAGCGGCACAACAUUCUCUGGGUCCAUGUCAUUAACGGCUGCACCAUCCAAGUCUUCUUCCGCCGCUACUGGGAUAGCCGCCACAUCGUGCGACUUGUCAAGCGUCACUGGAUCAGCCAGCGCGGAUAUCUCCACCAUUUGUUCGUGCGAAGGUGGCUUUGGGGCUUCUUUAUCGACAAAGACCAAUGCAGCAAAGUCAACCUUCCUCAUUUGCGCAGUCGACCCUCCUCUGACCAUAACCACGAUUGAACCAACAACGACAACCAAGACCGCAAAGGUUACAUACACGCAACCAGCAGAUUCUGAUUCAACUCCACUUGGAUUCGUCAUUAUGAAUGAACAACAUGAAACCGAAAACGCUCUGUGGACUUACUUGUCCGUUCAAACACACAGCGAUUUCGACGAGAUGUUCCAGAUCUCCGGCAGUCUGAUGAAAUCGAAGGUUGAGGAAGGGUCCCAAGCCAAGUUUUGUGGUCAGACUACUACAUUCAGUCCUACAGGUAACGGUGAUCUUCUGAAAGGUAAGAGUGACACCGGGGCGAUCUUCACAUGCACUAUGGACAAUGAUCAGGAUCCAAUCACCCUUUACCCGAGUAAUAGACCAGAGAAGAUCGUUUUCUCUUAUCUAUGGAAGUGCUGGACGAAUAUUUGCGAGUGGGAGGACACGCCAGUUUCUUGA